UAUAACAUAACAGCCAAUAUCUUUCCAUAUCCUGUCCCACGUACAUAAACACAGGUAACAAAUACCCUCCUUGCUACCACUGUUUUUCCAGGGUGCCUACAUUUACUCUUUGUAUCUGAAUCAAUGUACCCAGGCUAAUUUCCCUGAAUAAAAUCCUCUUAUCUUAUCCACUUAAUAUCCUACUAAAAGAUACUUGUUUUAUUCCUCUAUGCAAAAUGAAAUAUUCUCUCAAUUUUCUUUUAAAUUACAUCAUAUGAAUUGUGGAAUAGGAACCUAUGUGCUUAAAAUCAUCAAAUAUGAGAGAAUGAAGCAUUAAAAUAGGCAGUUGAAAUAGUACAUUAGAAGAAAGUUCAUGACAUAGUGUUUAAGAAGUUGACUGAUAAAAUGCACAGAGAAAUACAAUAGGAUUGUCAAGAUGUGUAAUUAAUUUAAAAUGAGAUUAGAUGGCAAAGCUCAAGGUCAUCUCCAGCACUUGCCAAUUGCACCAGUGCUUCUGCAGAGUCAGGUAUAGCUUGAUUUAUUCUGGGCUGUGCUGUGAAACUACACUGAAAUGAUCUUAAAAUAAAUUGGAAGGGACUGUUUACCAUGACUUAACAGGAGGGCAUGAGACAUACGUACAUAGUUUCAUUCUUAAAGUUCAAACAAUUACGUUGAUCAUAAAAUCCAAUCCAGACUCCUCAAUACAAUUUAGAGAAGAGGCAAAGAGAUACAGAAAGGUAAAAGGAAAUGAACAUGUAAGUUUAUCUUUUCCACAGAUGCAGCAUCAAGAAAAACCACCAGAAGAUAAUCUAACUGAACUGAUGGAGUUUGUUCUCUUGGGCUUUGCUGACAUGCCCCAUCUCCAGUGGUUUAUUUUUCGAUUAUUUCUAAUCAUCUAUAUCAUUAUCCUGAUGAGCAAUGGCACCAUAUUUCUAAUAACAAAAAUGGAUCCUUCUCUCCAGAGCCCUAUGUAUUUUUUCCUGGCAAAUUUUUCCUUCUUGGAAAUCUGCUAUGUAUCAGUUACUCUCCCCAAAAUGCUGCUGAAUCUUGGGACCCAGAGAAGAAGAAUUUCCUUAGUUUCCUGUGCUACACAGAUGUGCUUUGCCCUUAUGUUUGGAGGCACAGAGUGUUUGCUCCUGGCUGUGAUGGCCUAUGACCGCUACGUGGCCAUUUGUAACCCUCUGCAGUAUCCGCUAGUUAUGAACCACAGGGUCUGUAUGCAGUUGGUGACUGUGUCCUGGACUAUUGGAAUCCCAGUUCUGAUAGAGCUUACAUAUCAGAUUUUCUCUCUGCCUUUUUGUGGAUCUAACCAAAUUAACCACUUCUUCUGUGACAUUCUCCCAAUACUCAGGCUGGCUUGUGGAGACACCUUUAUAAAUGAAAUGUUGGUCUACAUACUUGUUGUGUUAUUUGGCAUGAUUCCAUUUCUGUUGAUACUUGGCUCCUAUAGUAAAAUCAUCUCCAUCGUCCUGAAGUUGCCAUCAGCCACAAGUAGAGCCAAAGCCUUCUCCACCUGCUCAUCUCAUCUGAUGGUUGUGGUGUUAUUCUUUGGAUCAGGCAUUAUUACAAACUUAAGACCCAACACCAGACAUUCAGAAGGAACAGAAAAAGUGCUUUCUAUUGUCUACACUAUCCUAAUUCCUAUGUUUAAUCCCAUGAUAUAUAGUCUAAGGAACAAGGAUGUCAUAAUGGCUCUGAGAAAAUUGCUGUGUAAAUAA